UCAGCGAAGGACCUCCAUCAGAUUGAGGGCGUUUUUGGCAAAGGCCAGCUUAGGAGCACCCUCAUUAAGUUAAUAACAAUGUACCUACCGAUAUAGUUUACGUUUAAGAAAUGUGGCUCUCAAAAGAAAUUUCACUCGUUGUCCUGUUGGCAUUUGGCUCUGUUGACGGAUGAGUUUGCCGACCGCUGGCCUAGGGACUCUUCCAGGUGGGAAAGGGGCACGCGGUGCCCAUGUGCGGUGAGCGAGCGUCAGCGUUAGGUCCGGGGACGCCGGAAGGAUGCUGGGACCCGGAAUCCGUGGGAAGGACAGGGGCCGAGCCAGUGAGCAGUGCCAGCCCGCAGCUGUGUCCGCGGCGUCCACGGUGCUGGACGAGCCACCGAGUUCCAGGGAAGAAGUGGGAUUCUGGGGCAAAUGCUGGGAGCUCGGGAUGCGGAGCAGAAAGGGGUGUGGGCGCGGCGGGCACGGCUGUGCGGAGUUCCAGGGCUGCAGGUGGCAGGGCUGUCCCCAGUGAGAGGGGUUUGUGCUAAACCUGCGCCAGCUCACCUCUCCUUCAAUCUCCCAUUCCCAGUGCUGCACAAAAGAGAUUAAAAUAAGUUAAACCGUGUGGGAUGCGGGAUGGUCGGGACAUGUCCGUUCUCGUUUUGACUCUUUACCCUUACGGCUUUAAGCAAAUUAGAAUCUCCUUGAGUCUUAAGUUUAUUUUUAUUUUUAAUCCUCACCAAGGGAUAUUUUCCCCCAUUGACUUUUAGAGAGAGUGGAAAGGUGGGAGGGAGAGAGAGAUCCAUUGGUUGCCUCCGGCAUGCACCCUGACCUGGGCUGGGGCCCCGGGGCGGGAAACAAGCUUGCAGCCCAGGUGCCCUGGCCCGGGAGUCGAACUCGCAGCCCUCUGGUGUGCAGGCUGGUGCUCUGUCACUGAGCCACACCAGCCAGGGCUAACGUUUACUGUUCUUAGCGAAGACCCACGAACACCUGUCUACAGUGCAGCAGGCUCUUUGUAAGGCAUUAUGGGAGAUGCACAACUAUGAAGCAUGGUCCUUAAGCUGAAUUCACAAGUAACUCGGACGGUGAAUUUCAGAAUACACAGGUUCUUGGUUUUUCCUUUAUGCAGUGCUGUUAGGAGACGUCAAAGCUUCUUACACAUUUUCCUUGCGGGUUGGCAGGUAAGUUCCACAUCCAGCCACAGGCUACGUUCAUCUGUAAUUGUAUUAAAACAAUUUUACCUUAAUGCAUGGAGGCUGAUAAGGAUAACCUGAGGGAAGAAAUGUAAAAUCUAAGCACUUUACAGCAGAUUGUGCUGCAUCCCAUGGCUGCUGUAUCACGAAGGUUUCGCUUUUUAAUGCUUCAGGUGAAAUCGGAAACGGCGAGAGCCUCAUCACCUCGGGGUUCGUGUGUGAAGUGCUCAUUCCCGAAUUCGGCCUUAUGAGCACGUAGUGAGCCAGCAGUUCCUAUUCCUGAUCUAGCCGCUCUGCCCUUUGGGCAUUUGCACAUGGGACCCGACAUGCAGCUGCCUGGAGUGAGCGCUCUCCUGCGGUUCCGGCCCUAGUGCUGACGCUCUGGUCUCAGGGGGCUCCUUCACAUCCCAGCCUCCGCGCCUACGUGUGCCGGAGGGCUGGUGACAGCUUCAGGGCAUGUUUAUGUUCGAGGAGUGACUUGGCGCUCAGUGAUUCCUCUCACUUUACAGUAAUAAGAGGCUUGAGAUCAUUCCUGUGAUUUUUCCUUGGAGACGACUUCCACCCCAGGCUUGGACCUGUAAAAUGCAGACCCCGAGUUCCCGGGCUGUGCACCUGAGCGAAUGGCAGAAGAACUACUUCGCAGUUACGUCUGGCACCUGCACGGCCGCGCAGAAGGCAGAGGCCUACCGGGCGCAGGUGCUGCGCGUUCAGUAUGCGUGGGCCAACUCCGAGAUCUCCCAGGUCUGCGCUUCCAAACUGUUCAAGAAAUACGCAGAGAAAUACUCGGCCAUCGUUGAUUCUGACAACGUGGAAACCGGCUUGAAUAACUACGCGGAAAACGUUUUAACGGUAGCCAGAGCGCAGCAGGCGGACAGUGACAAGUGGCGGUCAGGACUGUCGGUGACUAAUGUCUUCCAGAUGCGCGGUGUGCAGGAGAUGAUGCGGGCUGGCGAGCAGCUCCGAGGCUCCCUGCUGGCCCCUGCUGAUGCUUCCAUCGUGAUCCAUGGAGGGGCCGUGGUCCCCGACCCUCCGGAGUCUAGCGUUUGUGCUGGUUCUCGGGAGAGCGACCCACUGACUAAGCCAGCUCACGGCACAGGCUGGACCCCGGACGUCCCAGAGAGCGGUCCCUCGGGCCCUCUGAGUGCCCAGCCCCCUGUGGCGACUAACACCCCCAAGACGUGUCCCAUGUUCUCAGCACCCUUUGGUGACUUAGCCACCCCGUUAUUUGGAAAUGUCAGGAAGGAAAAUAGCAGCGCUCCAAAAGCCAGCCCGGGACUGAGUCUGUUCUUACCCCGUCAGCCUCGCUCUCCUGCCGGCGGUGAAGGCCCCUGGGACAGGAGCGCUUUCUACGGCUCUGGCCCCGCCGGAGCCCUUUCUGCCCCGACCCUGAGUGAGGCUCUUAGGAAAACGGAGGGGAACGGCCACCGGGAGGAAGGCGGCCUGCCAACCUUUAAAACCGCAAAGGAGCAGCUAUGGGUGGAGCAGCAGAAAAAGCACCACCCGCCUGCCCGGGCGGCAGCGCCUUCCUAUGGCGGCGGCGGCGUCAAGAAGUCCCUGGGCGCCAGUCGAUCCCGGGGAAUUUUUGGGAAGUUUGUCCCUCCUGUGCCUAAGCCAGAUGGGGGGGAUGCGCAUGGGGGGGUGCAGUACAAGCCCGACAGUGCCGGGCCCGCAGAGCCAGCGCCCCCCGUGGAUGAGCGUUUGAAGAGCUUGGAGCCCAAGAUGAUCGAACUGAUUAUGAGUGAGAUUAUGGACCAUGGGCCCCCCGUGACCUGGGACGACAUCGCGGGGGUGGAGUUCGCCAAGGCCACCAUAAAGGAGAUCGUCGUGUGGCCCAUGAUGCGGCCCGACAUCUUCACGGGCUUGCGGGGCCCGCCCAAGGGGAUUCUGCUCUUCGGGCCCCCUGGGACUGGGAAAACCCUGAUUGGCAAGUGCAUCGCCAGUCAGUCUGGGGCCACCUUCUUCAGUAUCUCGGCCUCCUCCUUGACCUCCAAGUGGGUGGGCGAGGGGGAGAAGAUGGUCCGCGCGUUGUUCGCGGUUGCACGGUGCCAGCAGCCCGCUGUGAUAUUCAUUGAUGAAAUCGACUCCCUGUUAUCCCAGCGGGCAGAUGGGGAGCACGAGUCUUCUAGGAGGAUCAAGACCGAGUUCCUGGUUCAGCUGGACGGAGCCACCACGUCUUCUGAAGAUCGCAUUCUAGUCGUGGGAGCGACCAAUCGGCCUCAGGAAAUCGACGAGGCGGCCCGGCGGAGGUUGGUGAAAAGGCUCUACAUCCCCCUCCCGGAGGCCUCAGCCCGGAAACAGAUAGUGACGCGCCUGAUGUCCAGGGAGCAGUGCAGCCUCCGCGAGGAGGAGAUCGAGCUGGUGGUGCAGCGGUCGGCAGGCUUCUCGGGCGCCGACAUGACGCAGCUGUGCCGAGAGGCGUCCCUCGGCCCCAUUCGCAGCUUACAGGCCGCCGACAUCGCCACCAUAACGGCGGACCAGGUCCCACCCAUAGCUUACGUGGACUUCGACAACGCGUUCAGAACUGUGCGGCCCAGCGUGUCUCCCACGGACCUAGAGCUUUAUGAAAACUGGAACAGAACCUUCGGUUGUGGGAAGUAGGCAGGACCCUUAGACUUAAAGAGCGUGGCACAGCCUUUCCCGGCCUGGAGCUCAGGAACCUGGGGCUUCAUCCGUGGUCCUGGGCGUGUGUGUCCUGAAUCCGGAACCGCAGAUGGAGCAAUUGCAAUUGACAGCCUGUGUGGCUAGUAGCUUGAUUUUCUUCCAGUUGUUUCCUGAUGUGUACACCUAGUCAUACCCAACGCGAGGGAUCUUGUCUGGUUUCUAACGUCCUUCUUUUUAAGCUGUGCAGUGGGAUGAAUGGUGAGCCCAGAUUGAGCUCUGAGUCCUUGUAAACGAGGCUGUGUGAUUUACACGUGUCUUUUAUUGCUAGUCUGUGGUUUACGUUCGAGACAGAGCAUGGCUCACUCACUGUUGUUUAAGAUGUAAGAUCUCACCGAACACUCGAGGGACAGUGCCAGUUUUUACUUCGGUUUGUGAGCUCUUACUGUUUUCUUCUCUUAGCAGGACCAGCUAAUGAAACAUGUUCAGGAAGAGCAGAGUGUGGUCUAAGAGCAGGUGUGCCACAGGACUGAAGGGGAAUGGCUUCCUAAGGGGCAGGUGUUGUCCAACAAUACAUAUUUGACACUAGGUGGCAGCCUGGAGAAUUGGUAUCUUUCAAAAGUAAGUGUUUGCAGCUUUCUGUGAUGGCGCAUCCUGCUGUAUGAAUAAUGCGUGUUCAUUGUGGAAGCGCGACACAGUGGAGGGAGCAGAGGAAGGAAGGAGAGUGGCUGCCGCCGCCCCUUUGGGGAAGCACUGUGAACAGUUCCUCCCGGUGUUUGUGCAGCAUUCUCUUCUGUAGCCUCAUUCUUCACCGUUUCCCGUGUUAGUGGCAUCGGCAGCAUCUUCCCUGACGCGGCCCCUCGGACUCUGUCGUGGGGUGGCCUCACGGAGUCCGUCUUGGGCGUGUAGUUAGGGCAGGACGUUGGGCUGUGUACCUUUUGUUUACUGUAAACGAAAAUAUGUUGACUGCCUAGUCGUUGAUCUUUCCUACCAGUCAUCCACCUUUCAACAUGGAGCCAAAAUGUGAAAUUAAACACUAGAAAUUAUUAAAGCACCAGAAAAGUGUGAUCAUGUUGGGAGUUCACAGUAGGAUUUGGAGGGUGGGCCAUGGCCACACCUGGUGGGAGAGUGUGGUGCGCCCAGCCUUUCUGGAAGGAGUGGGGUCGUAUCUGCCAAAAGAUGUUUCUCUUCUCGAUGUCAGUGCCACACGAUCAGGUCAUUGAAACAUUUAAGAUGUGAGAAAACACACAACCUGAAUUUGCGACCACGGAGGAUUGUUAGCCUGUUGAUGGGGUUCAGGACAUGGUUUGAAACCUCGUGGAUGCCGUGCCUUGCAUCCCGAGGAGAGCCGGCUCCUGCUCAGGGACGAGGCUGCUUGCACGUCCGCAAGAGGCUCCGGGACACUCCCCGCUGCUGCCCGGAGCGAGGGGAGCUGGGACCCCUCCCCGGACUCACGUGCAGUGUCGGUGUUGUGACUGGUUCCAGCAACGAUGCACUCUUUGUAAUUUUUAAAGACUCGAUGAAAUAGUAUUUUUCAAGUAUGGAACAUGGGUAAUUAAGCAGUGACUGUUUGUGUACUUUGUUUUGGUGCCAAUAGGGUUGUUAGCAGGUGAUAGGCUAGGGGUAGGCAUUGAAAGCCCUGCAGUAAAUUCCUCAGAAAGCAUGCCUUCCACGUGGACACGGGGCUGGAAAGACGACGACUAAAUGCUAAAUAAAUCUCUAAAAAAUGAAGCAAACCUCUCAUCAGAAUCCUUCGCCAACAGUCACUCAUCCGACUCCAGAUUGAGCAAAGCUGUCAAAUUGCUUUAAACAGUAGCUGUGAGGUUCACACAGAUUUCAUCUUCAUUUUAGGAAGCGGGGUGGCCAGAAACCCAUUUACAAAGGAAUCUGAGCAGGCGACACAUGUAGGACAUUCCGUCUGUGACCACAGACCUGAUGAACCCACUUUCCCGGAGGGUGGGGGACAGGUGAGGGUGACUCACGUCGGGAGAAACAGCCGGGCCGGCCGCGCAUACCCUCUGACCCAGUGCAGCGCCUCAGCGCACAUGCAUGAUAAGCUACCGGAAACAUAAUUUCACAAAAUACAGAAAAUUGCUGUAAAACCAGGACGCGAUUGCAAUUUAAGGGAAAUGGUGCAGAUAAAUCUAUUUUAAUGGAUAAGCUUAGAUGCAAACUAAA